AUGUUUGGAGGGCCUAAUGACGGAGAGGCUACUAUCGAUAUACCAAAAGAUCUAUUAAUAAAGGAUGCAUCUAAUCCAAUGGCUGCAAUUGUUGAUUGCACUUACCUUGGAAUUCGUGAGGGUUUGAUUGAUAGUUCGUACUUUCAUGAGAGGGAAAUACUAGCACCAACAAAUGAGAUUGUUGAUAAGAUUAAUGAAUAUGUAUUGUCACUUUAUCCUGGAGAAGAAAAGUCAUACUUGAGGAAUAUGGAUCAGUCAGGUGGCUUAUGCAAUGGUACACGCUUAUUGGUUGAUAAUCUUGGUGAUCGAGUUAUACAAGCAACUGUGAUAUAUGGUUCUAACAUUGGUUAUAAGGUUUUUAUUCCGAGGAUUACACUCACACCUUCAGAUAGCUCCAAAAUCCCUGUUGCUCUUCAGAGAAGGCAGUUUUCCGUGUCUAGGGUGACUAGCAGGAAAGAUUUGAAAAUUCUCAUAUGUGAUAAAGAUGGUAAAAUAUGUCGUUGCAUUGAAAAUGUUGUCUACAAAGAAGUGUUUCAAAACCUAUAA